AUGAAAAGUGUGAGAGGAACUAUCGAAAGGUACAAGAAAGCUUGCUCCGACGCCGUUAAUCCUCCUUCCGUCACCGAAGCUAAUACUCAACAAGAGUCGUCUAAGCUUCGGAGACAGAUUCGGGACAUUCAGAAUCUGAACAGACACAUUCUUGGUGAGUCUCUUGGUUCCUUGAACUUCAAGGAACUCAAGAACCUUGAAAGUAGGCUUGAGAAAGGCAUCAGUCGCGUCCGCUCCAAGAAGCACGAGAUGUUAGUUGCAGAGAUAGAGUACAUGCAAAAAAGAGUAAAAACCUAUCUUCCUCCCCAAGAGAUUGAGCUUCAAAACGACAACAUGUAUCUCCGAUCCAAGAUAACCGAACGGGCGGGAAUACAGCAGCAGGAAUCGAGUGUGAUACAUCAAGGGACGGUUUACGAGUCGGGAGUGUCUUCUUCACAUCAGUCUGAUCAGCAGUAUAACCGGAAUUAUAUUCCGGUUAACCUUCUUGAACCAAACCAGAAUUCCACCAACCAAGACCAACCACCACUCCAACUUGUUUAA